CCUCUGUUACUGUCAUAUUUAGCAGAGCGACUUAAAUCAGAUCUCAUCAUAUCACUUAACCUUUUCAAGAACCAAUCCAGUUUGUUCUAACCAAUUCCUAUCCCUUGUCUUUCUUCUUCGGAUCAUGGCUGAGUUAGUUGGUGGUGCGUUUCUCUCUGCUUUCCUCAAUGUUGUGUUCGACAAGCUUGCUACCGAUGAGGUUGUUGACUUCUUCCGUGGAAAGAAGGUUGACCUCAAUUUGCUUGAGAACUUGAAGAGCAAUCUGAGUGUGGUUGGAGCUGUGCUUGAUGAUGCUGAGAAGAAACAAAUCAAACUCUCCAGUGUCAACCAGUGGCUCAUUCAGCUCAAGGAUGUUCUUUAUGAUGCCGAUGACGUGCUGGAUGAAAUUUCGACCAAAGCUGCAACUCAAAAGAAGGUAAGUAAAGUGUUUUCUCGCUUUACCAAUAGGAAAAUGGCCAGUAAGUUGGAAAAAGUAGUUGGCAAAUUAGAUAAAGUUCUAGAAGGCAAGAAGGGUCUUCCUUUGCAAGUGAUGGCAGGGGAGAGCAACGAGCCAUGGAAUGCUCUGCCAACAACAUCUCUGGAAGAUGGAUAUGGUAUGUAUGGUAGGGAUACAGACAAGGAGGCCAUAAUGGAGUUGGUAAAGGAUAGCAGUGAUGGUGUACCAGUGUCUGUUAUCGCUAUUGUAGGCAUGGGUGGGGUUGGAAAAACCACUCUAGCCCGAUCUGUGUUCAACGAUGGCAAUUUGAAGGAAAUGUUGUUUGAUUUAAAUGCAUGGGUUUGUGUUUCUGAUCAAUUUGAUAUUGUGAAGGUCACAAAAACUAUGAUAGAGCAAAUUACUCAAAAGUCUUGUAAAUUGAAUGAUCUAAACUUACUUCAACAUAAAUUGAUGGACAGGCUGAAAGAUAAAAAAUUCUUAAUUGUCUUGGAUGAUGUAUGGAUCGAGGAUGAUGAUAAUUGGAGUAAUCUUACAAAACCAUUGUUGCAUGGAACAAGGGGAAGUAAAAUUCUCUUUACAACCCGCAAUGAAAAUGUAGUGAAUGUAGUCCCUUACCGUAUUGUUCAAGUUUAUCCUCUAAGUAAAUUGUCAAAUGAAGAUUGUUGGCUAGUGUUAGCAAACCACGCAUUUCCUCUCUCAGAAUCAAGUGGGGAGAAUAGAAGAGCUUUAGAAGAAAUUGGAAGGGAGAUUGUUAAAAAGUGUAAUGGAUUGCCUUUAGCAGCACGGUCACUCGGAGGUAUGUUGAGGAGAGAGCAUGCUAUUAGGGUUUGGAAUAAUACACUUGAAAGUGACAUUUGGAAACUGUCUGAAAGUCAGUGUAAAGUUAUUCCAGCCUUGAGAAUUAGUUAUCAAUAUCUCCCUCCACAUCUGAAACGGUGCUUUGUUUAUUGUUCGUUAUACCCCAAAGAUUAUGAAUUUCAAAAGAAUGACUUGAUCUUGUUGUGGAUGGCGGAAGAUCUUUUGAAGCUUCCAAACAAAGGAAAGGCAUUAGAAAUUGGUUAUGAGUAUUUUGAUGAUUUAGUUUCUAGAUCAUUUUUUCAACGUUCAAGUAAUCGAACUCGGGGCAAUUAUUUUGUAAUGCAUGACCUCGUGCAUGAUCUAGCAUUAUACCUUGGUGGAGAAUUCUAUUUCAGAUCGGAAGAACUUGGAAAAGAAACCAAGAUUGGUAUGAAGACUCGUCAUUUGUCAGUUACAAAGUUCAGUGAUCCAAUCUCAGAUAUUGAAGUUUUUAACAAACUACAAUCUUUGAGAACUUUCUUGGCAAUUGAUUUUAAAGAUUCCCCAUUCAACAAGGAAAAGGAACCAGGUAUUGUAGUGUCGAAGCUUAAGUGCUUGAGAGUUUUAUCAUUUUGUGGCUUUGCAAGUCUGGAUGUUUUGCAUGAUUCAAUAGGUAAAUUGAUCCACUUGCGUUAUUUAAAUCUCUCUCGUACAAGUAUAAAAACACUGCCGGAGUCAUUGUGUAAUUUGUACAAUCUACAAACUCUGGUGUUGUCUGAUUGCGACAAGUUGACCAGGUUGCCUACUGACAUGCAAAAUCUUAUAAACUUGUGUCAUCUUCAUAUUGAUGGUACUGAUAUAAGAGAGAUGCCUAGAGGAAUGGGAAUGUUAAGUCAUUUGCAGCAUUUGGAUUUCUUUAUUGUGGGCAAGCACAAAGAGAACGGAAUCAAAGAACUGGGGACACUUUCAAAUCUUCAUGGUUCGCUUUCUAUUAGGAAUUUGGAGAAUGUAACCAGAAGCAAUGAAGCAUUGGAGGCUAGGAUGCUGGAUAAGAAGCACAUUAAUCAUUUAUCGUUUCUAUGGUCUAAUGGCACCGACUUCCAAACUCAAUUAGAUGUACUGUGCAAAUUAAAACCUCACCAAGGCCUGGAAUCUCUAACAAUAUUGGGUUAUGAUGGAACCAUAUUUCCAGAUUGGGUGGGAAAUUUUUCCUACCACAACAUGACAAGUCUAAGUUUACGUUAUUGUGAUAACUGUUGUGUGCUUCCUUCGCUUGGGCAACUACCGUUUCUUAAGGAGCUCUAUAUUUCAAACUUGGAUUCAGUGAAGACUGUUGAUGCAGGGUUUUACAAAAAUGAAGAUUGUCUUUCUGUGACACCGUUUUCUUCCCUUGAAACUCUAUCCAUUGUUCGCAUGUAUUGCUUGGAGUUGUGGAGUACCCCUGAGUCAGACGCCUUUCCUCUACUCAAGUCUCUUACAAUAGAGAAUUGCCCCAAACUAAGGGGAGAUUUGCCAAAUCACCUUCCUGCUCUGAAAAAACUUAAGAUUGCCUCUUCUCUCCCUAGGGCUCCCACUCUUAACAGAUUAGAAAUACGUAAAAGUAAUAAUGUAUCGUUGCAUGUGUUUCCUCUUUUGUUGGAAUGGAUAGAAGUAGAAGGAAGCCAAAUGGUGGAGUCCAUGAUUAAGGCCAUCACCAGCAUUGAGCCAACUUGCCUCCAACAUUUAAAAUUGAGUGAUUGUUCGUCAGCCAUAUCAUUUCCGGGUGGUCGUCUGCCUGCAUCUCUGAAGGCUCUGCAUAUCAGCAAUCUUAAAAAUCUGGAAUUGCCGACCCAACACAAGCACGAGUUACUGGAAUCACUGUCACUAGUUAAUAGUUGUUAUUGUCUCAGGUCUCUUCCAUUGGCUACUUUUCCAAAUCUCAAACGUCUCGAAAUCAGAUGCUGUGAACAUCUGAAAUCUCUUUUGGUUUCAGGGGCAGAGUCAUUUAAGAGUCUGUGUUCUUUGAGCAUUUCCCGAUGCCCCAACUUUGUAUCAUUCUGUAGAAAAGGAUUGCCAGCGCCCAAUUUGACUCGAAUUGAAGUUCGGCAUUGCGACAAGUUGAAGUCAUUACCUGACAAAAUGAGUAGUCUUCUCCCAAAGUUAGAAUAUCUUCACAUAGAGGACUGCCCAGAAAUUGAGUCGUUUCCAGAAGGGGGUAUGCCACCUAACCUGAGAACAGUUGAGAUUGACAAUUGUGAGAAACUACUGAGCGGCCUAGCAUGGCCAUCCAUGGGCAUGCUUACCCAUCUCAUUGUUUGGGGUCCAUGUGAUGGCAUCAAGUCAUUCCCUAAGGAGGGUUUGCUGCCUCCCUCCCUUACGUCUUUGAAGCUAUAUUACUUGUUAAAUCUGGAGAUGUUGGACUGCAUGGGGCUUCUCCAUCUCACAUCCCUGCAAGAAUUAACCAUAGAGAUUUGUCCUUUGCUGGAGAAUAUGGUGGGAGAAAGGCUUCCUGUCUCUCUAAUAAAAUUAACCAUAGAGAGAUGUCCUUUGCUGGAAAAACAAUGCCGCAGGAAGCACCCUCAAAUUUGGCCUAAAAUAUCCCACAUCCGUCACAUUAAAGUUGACAACAGAUGGAUUUAGUGACCAAGGAUGAGCACCGGAGAUGAUAGAUUGUCCUGUAGAAACUGCACCUGUCAAUGGAUAUGAAUUCAACUUUGAACAAGAUCUAAAUGGAACUUCUGAUUUAAUUGACGUGACACUGAUGCUUUCUAAACACAUGAAUUAGAAACUGAAAAGCUUUUCAUUGCAUACAAUAGAGAGGAUGAAAAGCUAUAUCAGGACAACUACAUGGGAAGAUCUCAGAUCUUUCGACAAGCCAUGCAGUCUUCCUAGGAAAUUGUCAUAUACUGCUCCCUAGGCAGGUCAUCACUUUUGUGUUUGAUGCAAAGAUGGAUAUAUAUAGGUGGAACACUUCUGAAAGGUUUAUCCCAAUAUGUACAGUGCACUGAAUGGGAAAGAACUGGAAGAAAGGAAAUCUUACAUUCAAAGCUUUUGAUGCAAAACAUAAGAGGGGAAGGUGGUGGUUUCAUCUGUGUGGAAGGUUUCCAUGAUGUUCUCAGAGAUCAAACUUUCAAACUUGCAUAACCAAAGUUUGAGCACCUUAACGGUACAGGCUUCAUUGUAUGGAAUGAGUUCUCGCAAGUGAUUUUCAAAUAAAAACAACUUGGGAAGUUUGAAGGAAGAAUGAUAUCUGAUGGGGCAAAAGGAGGAGGAAGCGAGGGCGCAGUCAGCUGAUGGCAGAGUGUUUAAGAUUGUUCCAUGGCACCAUCUGGAGCAUAGCACCAGCAACUCCCUGAGCAUACAGGCCUUAAGCCAUGACUUGACUGGUUCAGAUAGGGCCAGGGUCAUGUUAAAAGGGUCCUCUACGUUUGUGUCAAUGUACAGCCAAAAAGGUUCAAAAGGAGUUAAUCAAGAUGCAUUGACGGUUUGGCAGGACUUCACUGGAAAAAAAGACAUGAUCUUUUGUGGCGUGUUUGAUGGUCAUGAUCCUCUAGGACACUGGUUAUCACAGUGCAUAUGUGACAAUCUACCCUCAAAACUCUCAGCACCAAUCAAACUGUCUCAAGAAAAGGCCAUGAAACACUGUCAUGCUAAUGCUACAAAUGGUGGCAGUCAUAGUGAUGUCCAUGUUGAGGAUAACCAAAACAUGUCCUUUCCCUCAUGGGAGGGAACCUUUAUGAGGUGAUUCAGUGAAUAGAUGAAAAGCUUGCUAAGAACAUUGACACUGAUGGAUUUUGUGGCGGUAGCACUGCUGUAUCUGUAAUCAAACACAGAAACUGCACCUGUUAAUGGAUAUGAAUUCAACUUUGAACAACAUCUAAAUGGAACUUCUGAUUUAAUUGACGUGAUACUGAUGCUUUCUAAACACCUGAAUUAUUAACUGAAAAACUUUUCAUUGCAUACAACGGAGAGGAUGAAAAGCCAUGCAUAUCAGGACAACUACAUAGGACGAUCUCAGAUCUUUCGAUAAGGCAUGCAGUCUUCCUAGGAAAUUGUAAUAUACUGCUCCCUAGGCAGGUCAUCACUUUUUUAUUUGGUGCAAAGAUGGAUAUACAUAGGUGGGGCACUUCUGAAAGGUUUAUCCCAAUAAGUACAGGUUGAAUUUCCCAUGCUGCUUGAAUCUAUAAAUUUUUUCAAGUUUGGUCAGUAAUCAAAAUGCUCAAAGUGGCCUGUACAUGUUAUUAGAAGUGAAUUCUGUUACAUACUACUGAUUUGCACUUACACCAGUGCACUGAAUGGGAAAGAACUGGAAGAAAGGAAAUCUUACAUUCAAAGCUUUUGAUGCAAAACAUAAGAGGGGAGGUGGUGGUUUCAUCUGUGUGGAAGGUUACCAUGAUGUUCUCAGAGAUCAAACAUUCAAACUUACAAACAGAUGUUUGAGCACCUUAGUGGUACAUGCUUCAUUGUAUGGAAUGAGUUCUGGCAAGAGAUUUUGAAAUCAAAAGAACAUGGAAAGUUUGAAGGAAGAAUGACGUCUGAUGGGUAAGGAUGCAAAACUUCUAACCAGCUGAACAUUUCAACAUUGUACAUUUUUAUGGUAGCAAAAUAGUAAGCAUCAAGCAAUGUUCUGAUUUAUGAUUUGGCAAACAUCCAUAUUUACCACUUUUCUUAAAACAGUUAAAAAAAUUACUAUAUAUUUUGUUUGUAUUUGAGGGAUGGAGACUAAAUCUCAUAUAUAUGGAAUGUGUCCAUCCUACUUCAAUUGAGAAAUACAUUAAUGUACUGGUGCUUUACCACAUUCUCUUCAUAGUUGAAUGCAAUAAAAUAAAAGACAUCUCUGCA